GUGGGAGUGGGAAGUUACCAAACCUCGAGAAGAACUGAACUAAUAACCGGUCACAAUUACAAACACAGAAAAAAGAAACAUUAUAGGCCAAAGACAAAAGGAAAACAAAAAAAAAAAUUAUUUUAUUGGUCACAUGGAUAGGAUAAUAAAAUGUAUGACUAUGUAAUGAAUCUUGAUCUUCCCACGUGGUCGUAUAGGGCCCUGUAGGCCCAACAUCACAGCUCACGGUUUGUCUAAGUCAUUUUGCUUUUUAGUUGGUCGGGGCAAUAGACGACAAUGCACACUAUUCAAAUUACCACUCCUUCUUCUUCACCAUACGCAACUCCCAUUGAUUAUGUCCCCUCCAAAGUUAUAUGGUUUGGUUCCACCCAAAACACAACAUUCUGCCACAUCUCUGUCUGAUUGAUUAGUUCAUUUGAUUUGGUCAUGGGCUGCCUCUUCAACUUGUGAUAAAAAAAAGGAUAAAGUUAAGAUCUUUUUAGUUCCUUUCCUCAACCAAGUGUCUAGUGACAUUGUUUGAGAAAGGUUAAAAGAAAAAAAGGGUUGAAUGGGGAAGUCUCCUGAUUGGUUGUAUACAGAUAAUGCAACGUGUGGCUCCCCUGCAUGGAUUGGUAAAGGACUCACUUGUGUUUGCUUCAAGCGAAAGGGAAACUGUCAACGAAUCUGCAUCAGUUUGACCCCCUUACAGGAGGAAAGGCUAAGAAGACUACAGCGCAGAAUGAAAGUUUACUUUGAUGGUUCCAAGCUUGAUCACCAGGAAGCGUUGAGAGCUCUGUGGUCUGCUUCAUUCCCUGGACAGGAGCUUCAAAGCUUGAUUUCUGAUCAAUGGAAAGAAAUGGGAUGGCAGGGUAGAGAUCCGUCUACUGAUUUCAGAGGAGCUGGUUUCAUUUCAUUGGAGAACCUACUUUUCUUUGCAAAGACAUUCUCAACUUCUUUUCAGCGCCUAUUGAAGAGGCAAGGAGGAAAAGAAGCUGUUUGGGAGUAUCCAUUUGCUGUUGCUGGCGUUAAUAUCACAUUUAUGAUUAUGCAAAUGCUGGAUCUUGAUGCCACCAAACCAAGGACUUUUGUAAGAGCAGUUUUUCUACAAAUGCUUUCAGAGAAUGAAUGGGCCUUUGACCUGCUUUAUUGCGUGGCAUUCGUUGUUAUGGACAAACAAUGGCAGGAGAAAAAUGCUACAUACAUGGAAUUUAAUGAUGUACUGAAAUCCACGCGAGUUCAACUAGAGAAAGAGUUGCUGAUGGAUGAUGUUCUACGGAUUGAAGACAUGCCUUCUUACAAUCUUCUUUGUUGAGAAGUGAUUCAAUUGGUUAUGGUGAGAUACGUUCCAAGAUAUUCUCUUUCACCGAAGCAUAGUUUGUGUACAUCCAUCCCUGUUCACUUGCGUAAUGAAUCCCUUUACUUUUUAAUCUGUGACCAUUAACUAGUAAUUUAUUCUCAUCAUUCCUCACAUUAUAGCUCGAAAUCAAGAUGAACACUACUUCUUGACUAAUGAGUGAUUAGAAGUGCUAAAGAAUUUUGCACAUUUCGGGAAAGAUUUGAAUCUUUACAUUGAUUGUUCGAGAUUUUCUCUUUGAAGUUUUGACUAAUUAGUGAUUGGAACCCUAGAUUAUGGUUAUCUAUCAAUUGAAUCAAUCAGUCAAACAAGUUCAUUA